AACAGGUAUUCUAGCUAUGGAUUUUUUAUUCGUCUUUUUUAACGUAUACUUUUUUAACCCAGACCUUCACCAUUGAAUAUAAUUUUCUAACAUAGGCAUGUAGGAGAAUUGUUUUAGCUCAUGGCCCCAUGUGGUGAACGACGCACAUAGAAAGGAAUUAUUUUUACUGCAGCCAGUGGAGUCGAGAUAUGAGAAGCUGUGCUGUGUCACACACCCUCUACGUCAGACUACUCUUGCCUCAAACAUUUCUCCCUCAUUCCCUUCACUCACGGCUGUCACCUUCUCCUGUAAAGUUGCCCCGGUAGAAUGAAGGAGGACAUUCAUGAAAUGAGUAGCAGAACGAAUGAGAAAUUCCGUUUACGCAAAGGAUUCGAUAUAAAAUAUUUGCACAGGUAAACUUCACAUGCAGCCUUUCACUCAAGAUGGCCAGCCAGAACAAAUGCUACCAUGAUGAGCCAAUGAGCUUCUUCUACAACAACAGCAACCAGACCAAAGACGACUGGAACUCCACACAGCUCAUUCUGGUCCAAGUUGUAGGCUCCCUCUUCUGCUGCUUUAUCCUGGUGUCCAACGCCAUGGUCAUUGCCGCCAUCAUCACCAACAAGAGGUUCCACUACCCGUUCUACUAUCUCCUUGCCAACCUGGCCGCUUCAGACUUCCUCGCUGGAAUAGCCUACGUAUACCUCAUGUUCAACACCGGGACGGUGUCCAGGAAACUGACCGUGAGGGGCUAUUUCAUUCGUCAAGGGCUUCUGGACACCAGUCUUUCAGCCUCUCUGGCGAACUUGCUAGUGAUCGCCUUGGAGCGCUACAUCUCAGUGAUGAACUGGAAGGUCCACAGUAACUUGACCAAGCGGCGGGUGACCCUGCUCAUCGUGCUGGUGUGGGCCAUUUCUAUCUUCAUGGGCACCGUGCCCAGCCUGGGGUGGAACUGCAUCUGCAACCUUCAGGACUGCUCCCAGCUGGCGCCCAUCUUCAGCCGGAGCUAUGUGAUUUUCUGGUCCGUGUCCAACCUGGUUUUGUUCCUGGUCAUGGUGUCCAUCUACCUGCGGAUUUACACCUACGUCAAGAGGAAAACGGCGGUGCUCAGCCCGCACACCAGCGGCUCCAUCAACCGCAAGAGGACACCCAUCAAGCUCAUCAAGACAGUCAUGACUGUGUUAGGGGCAUUUGUGAUCUGCUGGACGCCGGGCCUGGUGGUGCUGCUGCUAGACGGCCUCCAUUGCCAACAGUGCGAGGUGAUGCUCUUUAAGCGCUGGCUCCUCCUGCUGGCAGUACUCAACUCGGUCAUGAACCCUGUCAUCUACUCCUACAAGGAUGACGAGAUGUGGACCACCUUCAAGAACCUGCUUCGCUGCGUGGGCAAUGGCACCCGGCGCCAGCGCUCGUCCAGGGCCAACGCCCGGCCCCUCAGCUCAGCCCAGGAGACGGGCACCACGCCGCAGACCUCUGAGGAGAAGGAGACCACCAAGAGCUCGGACGCCCAGGAGAUGCUCAAGGCCUGAACCAAGACCUGAGGCAAGCAAGGCCGUUGUGGGAGUGUCUCUACAAGUGGAUGUAGAGAGACAUAUAAAGACACAGAUGGGUCUUCUAUGGUCCAAUGUUGUCUUCAGUGUAGCUGACUGGUUUAAAGGGCAGCUCAAACUGGGUCUGGGCCUUAGUGGAGGAUUCCAAUAUGGGAUAUUAGCCUGCAAAUUAAGUGGGCGACUACAGUAUAUCCAAAUGGCUGAAGAAAGAUGUUGUGAUAUGAAGUAGACAGUGGUAUAAUGGUACAUUUCCUGUUUUUACCUCAAUCUUUUUUUUUAGAUCUUGAAAAGAGUAACUGAUGCUUUUUCCACCGUAUAACCUUUAAGUCUCAUGGAUUUGUUUCAUCAGGGUAUUAAUCUUGCCCUUAUUUCAUUUUGAAAACAAAGUACUGUACUUGAUGAAAUAGCAUUGUUCUUAAUACAUCAUUGUAUUAUAGUACUAGGCUUAUUAGGGGUUAAAGAUGGUUUUCAAUUCUCAUUGUUCCUAUUUUUGAUACACCCAGGGAAUCAUAAUCUACUUUAUUUGGCUGCUAACAUCCCUGGAUGUUGUGUUAAUGAAUUGACAAAUUCCUUUCUAAUGGAAGGAAAGUAUGUGUCUCUGAACUAGAAUAGAUAGCACUAGCCCCAUUUCUUUUGCCAGAUGCAUCAUCAGUACAUCUGUCACUCCCUUUAACACUACUACAUGUACAGUGCAUUGACUUUUUUCAAAUGUUGUUGUUACAAAGUGGCAUUAACGUUAAUUUCAUAAUCUUUCUUUUUCAAUGAUCUACACACAAAAAAAAUUAAACACGAGUUCAGUGCUUUCAGAAUGUAUUCACACCCCUUGAAUUUUACACCUUUUGUUUUGUUUUGUUUGUUUUGUUACAAACUGGGAUUAAAAUGGAUUGAAUUGUCAUUUUUUUGUCAGUAUACACAAAAUAAUCUCAUGUCAAAGUGGAAGAAAAAUUAUAUCAUUUGUAAAAUGUUAAUGAAAAAUAAAUCACUAAUAUAUCUUCAUUAGGUAAGUAUUCAACCCCCUAAACCAAUAUAUUAGAGUUAGAAUCACCGUUGGCUGCAAAUACAGCUGUGAGUUUUUCUGGGUAAAUCUCACACCUGGAUUGUGCAACAAAACUAGGAUUUUGCCUGUGCUUAGCUCCACUCCCUAGUCCGAUUACAAGCAUACCCAUAACAUGAUGCAGCCACCACUAUGCUUGAACAUAUGUGGAGUGGUGCUCAGUUAUGUGUUCUAUUGGAUUAGCCCAAAAACAUAACACUUUGUAAUCGGAAAGAAAAUGUAUUGCUUCACCAUGUUUUGCAGUAUUGCUUUAGUGCAGGGGUAUUCAACUCUUACCCUACGGGGUCUGCUGUUUUUCUGUUCUACCUGAUAAUUAAUUGCACCUACCUGGUGUCCCAGGUCUAAAUAAAUCCCUUAUUAGAGGGCAAUAAUUAAAUAUUCAGUGCAACUGGCAUCGAGGUCCAGAGAUGAGUGUGAUGGGUUUAGUGCCAGGAUGCAUGUUUUGGACUAUUUUUUAUUCUGUACAGGAUUCCUUCUUUUCACUCUAUCAAUUAGUUGUGGAGUAACUACAAUGUUGUUGAUCCAUCCUCAGUUUUCUCCUAUCACAGCCAUUAGACUCUGUAAAUGUUUCAAAUUCACAAUUGGCCUCAUGGUGAAAUCCCUGAGCGGUUAUCUUCCUCUCUGGCAACUGUGUGAAAGACGUCUGUAUCUUUGUAGUAACUGGGUGUAUUGAUACACCAUCCAAAGUAUAAUUAAUUACUUCAUCAUGCUCAAAGGGAUAUUCAAUGUCUGCUUUUUUCAUUGUUUUUUCAUCGGUGCUCUUCUUUGUGAGGCAUUGGAAAACCUCCCUGGUCUUUGUGGUUGAAUCUGUUUUUGAUAUUCACUGCUCGACUGAGGGACCUUACAGAUUAUUGUAUGUGUGGGGUACAGAGAUGAGGUCGUCAUUUAACUUAUUAUGUGACUUGUUAAGUGUGUUUACUCCUUAACUUAUUUAGGCUUGCCAUAACAAAGGGGUUGAAUACUUAUUGAAUCAAAACAUUUCAGCUUUUCCUUUUUAAUACAUUCGUCAAAUUUUUGAAAAACAUAAUUCCACUAUGACAUUCUGGGGUAUUGUGUGUAGGCCAGUAUAAAAAAAAUUCUAGAUGUAAUACAUUUCGAAUUCAGGCUGUAACACAAUAAAAGGUGUAAAAAGUCAAGGGGUGUGAAUACGUAUGAAGGCACUGUAUAUCAACACACAGUCAAUGUCCAAGCUGAGAAGAAAAAGAAAAGCCUGCAGCACUGUCAACAUCAAAAAAUGUUUUUUACUUUCGCAGUGGAAUUUUUGCACAUCCUUUCAUGCAACUCGUAAUGGCGAUCGCCGCCUCAUGUUGACAAAACAGCUGCUCGCUCACCUGAGAGCAAGGCCCAGGCUUGUAAACAUUGCGACACACUGGAUUCCUGCAGUAGAUAUGCCUGCAGGCAACUGACAAGGAUAUGACUGGAGCACCCCUUCCUUCCACAGGAGACCAAUGAUUAAUCAUUUACUGGGUCAUUGAAACUCUUUACCUGCUGUACACUAUUUAUGUGGUUAAACCACUCUUUGUGUAAAAGGAAAAGCUUCAUUAAAACAAAUUUUUCCUCUAA